AUGGCAGGUCUUUCCUUGUCAUGUGAGGACAAACAAGUGCCAGAACCACCAGAGAAGAACAUAGAAUCCAAACACAGGAACAGGGAAAAUGAAGAUGUCGAGCUGAUUUUAGUAGGAGUGGAACAUGUAAAUGAAGAUGCAGAAAUUCUCUUUAUCAGAGCGAUUUCAAAUUCAAAACCAGUCAUUUCAAACAUUUUGAACAGAGUGACCCUGGAAUGUUAUUCCAAAAGAAAGAAAGGCUACUGGAGUCAAGAUCCUGCUUGUGCAUUGCAGCCUGCAAACCACAUGACCCAUGGGCCCUCAUAGUGGCCACCCCAAUCUGCAUGGAGAGUAAUAGAUCAUCCUAUUAUUUUUGAGCCUUCAUCUAAACCUGAUUCUAAAAUGAGCUCACCACAAGUCAUGCCUCGCUGUCCCUCAUAUUUGCUCUCUAUUCACUGUCUACUUGGAGUUAUACUUUUUGUAGGAGGCAAGGAGAAGUCCUUCAAUUCAAAGCAACUUCCCGCUUCCAAUAUAAACAGUGGAAAUCCCAAAAGACCUAAACUCAGUGAUGGAAUCCCAGGAGGACAUUCCUCAGCUGUGGAUUUCUCUCCUACAGUGAGCAUGAGCACAACCUCAAAAUGUGUCCCAUCUUCAUUAAGCCAUGUUCAGAAUGGAGCAUUAUUUUCUUGGACUUAUGUAAAUGAUAGGACAUAUUUCAAUCUUAUGGAUCUAGACACAAAAAAUAGCUUGAAAAGCCUGGAAAAACCAGACUUUUUGAGUCUAGCAAGUCAAAAUUAGACUGUUGAUCCUAAGAAAGAAAAUCUGAUCAUGUUACUUCAUGACUUUUACUAUGUGCAGCAUAAAGGAGACAGGCAGCCAAAACAGAAGACUCACACAACCUUUAAAUGCCUCAGCUGUUUGGAAGUUCUAAAGAAUGUCAAGUUUAUAAGCCAUGUGAGGAGCCAUUUGGAACUUGAGAAGCAGAAGGGUGACAGCUGGGAAAACCACACCACCUGCCAGCACCACCAUCCCCGAUUUCCCACUCCCUUUCAGCUGCAGUGUCACAUUCAAAGUGUACACAGCACCCAGAAGCCCUCCGCUGUCUGUAAAGUUUGCGGAUUGUCAUUCAAAACAAAUCACGUUUUCUUACAGCACAUGAAGGACAAUCAUAAGCCUGGUGAAAUGCCCUAUGUGUGCCAGAUUUGCAAUUACAGAUUGUCAGCCUUUGCUAAUGUGGAAACAUGUUCCAGAACAUGCCAUGAAAACACUAAGAAUUUGCUUUGUCCAUUCUGUCUCAACAUUUUCAGAGCUUUCAUUCAUACUCUACAUGAAUCACACUCUACAUGAAUCAUUAUUGGAGGCACCUGAACAAGAAUCUUUCAGUGUUUCAAAUGCCUACUGCGGUUUUUGACUUCAAAGGAGAAAACAGAGCAUCAAACCAAGAAGCAUCGAGCUUUUAAAAUGCCAAAACAAUUGGAAGGGUUGCCUCCUGAACAAACUUCAGUUCAACCAAGUUCAAGAGGUGCAGCAUCCAUUAGUGUGAGUAACACUCACUUCUAGCUGUCAACUGUAAAAUCUAAAAAGAGGACUGCCAUGAACUCUAGCUAUUCCAGAUGUUACCACAACAGGCGUUAUAGCUCAAAUUAUAUUCUGCCCACCUCCAGGGAUACUGAAAGGCAGAAUUGA